UUCAAGCAUUUAAAUCCAAGCUGUGGAAGUCAUUAAUCAAUAAAGUUAGUCCAGUCUUCAAAGUGCUUCCACACAGGACAUUUAAAACUGUAAAAAGUUCUUUAAGAAAAUUUCGCUAAAGAUAAAAUGACUGUAAACGGAGACGCUAGUAACGAUAGUAAGCAACCAAAGAAAGGCGACGAUGGAAUCAAGUUGGUAACUGAGGGUUUGUUUCAUGACAUCCUGGAGAAACAAUUUGGAAAAUGCAUCAUAAAAAAGUUUGCAGUAACGAACAGCACAGGAGGAGGUGAAAAUUAUGUGUGCGCAAUGUAUCGUGUUACCAUUGAAGUCCAAAAAGAAGAUGGAACCGAAACUUCAGUCAAAUACAUUGUUAAAAUGAUGCCUCUUGACGAUAUAAAUGCAGAAAUGAAAAAGACGAUAGGCAUUUUUGAAAAAGAAGUUGAAAUGUACCAAAAGAUUGUCCCCAAAUUAAAGGAGAUUUUCGAAGAAAAUGGUAUUAAGACCGCCUUCGCCCCAAAGUGCUGGAAGGUAGUACAUGAUCCUGAAAUGUUGAUUAUGGAAGACUUAGGAGUGCGGAAUUUUGCCAAUGAAAAUCGUCUUACCGGAAUGGAUAUGCAACACGCCAAAAUGGUUAUAUCGAAAUUGGCACAGUUCCAUGCCGCUUCGGUUUGUGUUUUAGAAAAAAAUGGUCCUUUCUCAAAUCGCAUAAUGUCCACAAUGUUCCAUGAGGUUCACACCCGAAAAUUGAUAUCCAUUUUUUGGGCAAAUAUUCUAAACAAUUUACGAUCAUGGAACACUUGUCAGAAGUAUGUAGAUCGAAUGGAAGAACUUAGGGAGAGGGCCGCUGACCUCCAGAAAGAUAUAUAUGAACCAAAACCAGAUGAAUUCAAUGUAAUUUUACAUGGAGAUCUAUGGGUCAACAAUAUAAUGUUUCAACAUGAUGAAAACAACCAACCGAAGGAUCUUUUGUUCGUCGAUCUUCAAAUGUCAAGAUAUGGCCAUCCAGUGAUGGAUUUAGUUUAUUUCAUUUUGUCAUCCACUGAAUAUUCAAUCAAAAUCAAGGAGUUUGACUAUUUCGUCAAGUAUUACCACCAAGAAUUAGUGAAAAAUUUGAAGCUGCUCAAAUAUUCAAAAGCUCCGCCCACCCUUGUAGAUCUGCAGAUUGCAAUUUUGAAAAAGGGUUUUCAUGCCAUUUUUACCACCUGCGGCGUCAUGCCCAUCGCACUGCUCGACCCCAAUGAGAACGCCAAUAUGGAAAAUUUCAUGAAAAAUGACGAGGCCGGAAAUAAAUUCAAGCAGGCUAUGUACUUGAAUCCAAGGUUUAUAAAGUCAUGCGAAUUGAUAUUUCCUUUUCUAAAAAAUAGAGGAGCUUUUGAUGUCUAGUAUUGAGAAGUAAAUAAUUCAAUUUGUAAAGAUUUUUUU